AAUGAUCAUCGGCAAACUACGGUCUGGGAUAGCCGAGGGCGACCAAACACGCAAUGAGCCAAACAAAAAUAAGAAAAAUGUAACGAUUAUCGCGGUGAACAACCCCUUAAGCGGCAUAGCGGCCCAAGAGGUUUUCGGAGCUAUGGCUGGAUGAGUCGUGCGCAUAUGCCCAAGGUCGCGUGGUCUCUGUACCUACAUGCCCAAAGUACGUACGGGAUGUGGAUGGGCACCCCGGCCGUACCAAGACUAUGGAUUUGCCGGCUGGUGUUGAUCCAAGCUUGGGAAGCUCAAGAUGGUCUGACCACCCCCAGAUAAAAAGGGCGCACUCUUUCAUCCUUCUUCUCUCCUUGACAGUCUCUUGGCUGUCGGACGCGCCAAGCAAAGCUUCUCUAGCCUACUCCUGUGCGACGCAGAGCCUCGAACUUCAGAAACGCAGUAUUUUCAAGGGCUGCUUGUUCACGAUGGGCAAAGCUGACAUCGUCGAGGCGCCCGUUGUGGUCGAGGACGUGGCCGACGGCAAGCAGCGGACAAACUACGACAAGGUCGACAAUGAGGUUGCCAAGUACGCCGGCGAGGCAAUUGUCGAAAUCGAUGCAGCGACCAACAAGAGGUUGAAGAGGAUGAUUGACAAGCGGGUGUUGAGCGUCAUGGUCUUUACCUACUUUAUGCAAUCGCUGGACAAGGGAACAAUGUCGUUUGCGUCCAUCAUGGGCAUCAUUCCUGAUACAGGCCUCGUAGGCCAGCAGUACUCUUGGUUGACGACCAUCAUUUAUCUCGUCAUUCUUUGCGUCGAGUACCCGGAAAACUACAUUAUCCAGAAGAUCCCGAUUGCGAAAUGGCUCUCGUUCAACAUCAUCAUGUGGGGAGUGACGCUCAGCCUCCACGCCGCAUGCCAAAACUUUGUCGGUCUGGUCAUCGUCCGUGGCUUCCUGGGUGGUUUCGAGGCGGUCUGCCAACCGACUUUCGUCCUGCUCACGUCCAUGUGGUACAAGCGUGAGGAACAGGCCUCAACCGCCAUCUACUGGUACAUGAUGAACGGCCUCCAGCAAAUCAUCGGCGGUCUUCUAGCUUUUAGCUUCUCCUUCAUCCCCGGCUCGUCGCCCAUACGAUCCUGGCAGGCCCUGUUCAUGACCUACGGCAUCAUCACCGUCUUCUGGGGCGCCUUUGUCAUGUGGUGGAUGCCCGACUCGCCGAUGAAGGCGCACUGCUUCAGCGAGAAGGACAAGAAGCUCAUGGUGGAGCGCGUGCGGUCCAACCGUACCGGGUUGCAGAAUCGCAAGUGGCGCAAGGAGCAGGUCUUUGCUGCAUUCAAGGAUCCCCAAGUGUAUGGAUUUGCUCUCAUUCAGCUCUUGACUACCCUUCCGUCUGGUGGUCUCGGCGCGUUCGCAAACAUCAUCAUCAAGUCCUUUGGUUUCUCCACCUGGGAAACCCAGCUCCUCCAAAGUGUAACAGGCAUCCUCCAAAUCAUUACCAUGCUCACAGCCUCCUGGAUCGACAGACGCUUCAAGCAAACCAUCCUCGCCAUGAUGGCCGCCGUCGUCCCCACCAUCGCCGGCACCAUCGUCCUCCUCACCGUCCCCUUCGAACACGGCAAGAAAGUAGGCCUGCUCCUCGCCUACUACAUCAUGAUCUCCUUCUGGGCGUGCAGCGGCCUCGCGCUGUCGCUCGUCACGCGCAACGUGGCCGGGCAGACUAAGAAGGGCGUGGUGAUUACGAGCAACUUCAUCUUUUGGGCCGUGGGCAACUCGAUUGGCCCGCAGGUGUUCCGCGCCAAGGAUGCGCCGCGGUAUUUUUUGGCGUUGGCUAUUAUUCUGGGGUGCUUUGUGUUAUUGGAGGUUGUGCUUUUUGCGCUGCGGACGUAUUAUGUGUGGCAGAAUAAGUUGAGGGAUGGGAAGAUUGCACGGGGUGAGGCUGUUGCUGAUGCGACGCAUUCUCAUGCUUUUGAGGAUAUGACGGACAAGGAGGAUGUCAACUUUAGAUACAACUACUAAGUGUCUGAUUCAGACAUGUAGGUUUAGUUGUCCUUCUAAUAAUCGCGGUGGAUUCUGGGUCGUAUAAACAUGAGAUGUUGCAUGAGCUAGUAGGAGGAUACCGAUUCACUCUAGACUUAACCUACGAGUUGUUUACUAUCGAAGCUCAAAUCCUUUGAGAUAUUGGAUGCUUUAGGCAGAGAUCAGAAUCAUCGAAUAUUCUUGGCCACGCCACAACCUGGCAAAAGCUUGUGAGAGUGUCACAAUCAAUGAACCAACACAAAGUACACAAAGACUUGUGAAAGAAAAAGGAAUGAUUGUACACUGUUGUGGACAUGUACCAGCAGGGAUCCUCGCAACGUU